AUGCGGGAUUACGUCAUCGAUCUGCUGGUCCGGAACUCUAAACCCAGACGGGCACAGCCGAGAACAGCACUCCUCCCACCCAGCCAGUCCCAGCCAGAGAACACCAAUAUCCCACAAAAACACCACCACCUCAACGAAAGCUGUCGCCACAAACCAUGGAUCGCAAUUUCCGAGUCGGUCCCGACUACUCGAUUAUCGAUGUUGUCGGCGAGGGUGCCUACGGCGUCGUAUGGUAAAAUUCUUCUUUAUCGGAAACGCCGGGUUCCUCAUCGGACCCAAGACCUAUCUGACGACCAUUGUCAGUACUUUAUUUACCAAACCCUCCGAGGCCUGAAAGCUCUUCAUUCUGCCGCCGUACUCCAUCGAGAUCUGAAGCCGUCAAACUUGCUACUCAACUCGAAUUGUGAUUUGAAAAUUUGCGAUUUUGGAUUGGCGCGUUCGGCGUUUAUGGGCGAACAAGAAGCAACGGGCUUCAUGACCGAAUAUGUGGCCACGCGAUGGUACCGAGCGCCGGAAAUCAUGCUCACGUUUAAAGAAUACACCAAGGCAAUCGAUGUCUGGAGCGUCGGAUGCAUCUUGGCAGAAAUGUUGAAUGGAAAGCCCUUGUUUCCUGGCAGAGACUACCAUCACCAAUUGACCCUAAUCCUGGAUAUCCUCGGGACGCCCUCACUGGAUGAUUUCUAUGCGAUCAGUUCGCAUCGGUCACGAGACUACAUCCGCGCGCUGCCGUUUAAGAAGAAGAAACCGUUUGCGCAACUGUACCCCAAUGCAUCCGCACUAGCAAUCGACUUGCUCGAGAAAUGCUUGACGUUCAAUCCGAAGAAGCGCAUCACGUGUGAAGAAGCGCUCCGUCAUCCCUAUCUCGCCAGUUACCAUGACCCCGACGACGAGCCUGAUUCCCCCCCGCUCGACCCUAGCUUCUUCCAUUUCGAUAACGGGAAGGAACAGUUGAGCAGAGAACAGUUGAAGGAAUUGAUCUUCAAUGAAAUCAUGACUUGA